AUGUAUGUGCAUGAUAAAGGCUGUGUAAUGCUAACCCCAAUUAUAUUCAACCGAUCUCAAAGUGAUCUGUUAACAAAUUGUAUUGUGCCUGACACAGUGAAGAUUGAUGGAAAAAUAGCUAAAAUAUUGACUGUUAUUGAAUUUAUCCCGAAAUCAAAUCGUAUGAAAGACGAAGUAAUAGUUAAAAAUCUGGUUGAACGAAAUGGACCUUGGUUACUAUUACAUAAUUGA